AUGUUUAAUCAACAAUUUCAACAUUUUUACGUUAUCCGAAAAAGCAGCGAUACCCAUUGGCGAGUCGGUAUCGUCUCCGUCAUUGCCAAUUCUUCCGUGUACAUUAGCACCCUGGCUGAUGAGAAAUUCAGCGAUCUUAUAUGUAUCCAGCUGGACAGCAAAUUCCAACGCUGUUUAGACUUAUCGCCGAUAAAAUUACCGGUGCCAAAUGUUCUGUCUCCAUCAGCUUUGUGUCUGCAUUGUUCUCCAGGAGGAAGUCUACAAAUUCAUCGUCAUCUACAUAAAGAGCCAAGUGAAGAAUACUUCUUUAUUUCUAUCGCAGACGAGGAAGUCUACCAAUUCCUCGUCGUCUACAUGAGGAGCCACGUGAAGAAUAGUAUAUUUGAAAUAUUCUUUGCGGCGUCCGUAUCGGGAGUUACUAAAAUAAAAAAACAUUUCAUGAAUAAAAGUAGCAGGAAGAUAUCUAGAAAAAACUUCAUAGAGAAUAUUUUCCACUUGAUUGAACAAUUUUCUUCGCUGACCAGCUUUUUCCAAGCGAUACUUAAUCAUUCCUGCGUACAGAGGAAACUUGGCCGCCAUUUUGUCGUCAAACUUAUUUUCAUCUCCAUCCUUGAUCCUCAGCGCCAGUUUGUGAUAAGAUCUGUGCAGUAUAUCAAGCAAGGAAAAUCCAGCCAUUAUUCCGUUAACGUAAAAGCCAGCCGCCAUCAGCUUAACAAUAUGCUUCUUCAUAACCUCACGGCACAUUUUUUUCUCUCCAUAGCUAUCAAUCGGCAAUUCGCCAUGAUCGCUUACAAUAUUGACAUCACAACCUGCAUCCAGAAGAUCUUGAAGACUAGACUCAGGUUCAUCAGCGUCAGCGUCUAUGAACCAAUUCCCUGGAAAAUGAAGACAAGAUUGCUUGUCAUU